ACUUAAAUCAUGAUUCUCUACCGACAUGUCAGACCCAUUGAAGACAUUGAGUAUAAUCAUAUCAUCAUAGCAUCAAAUUCUCCCUUGUAAAACUAAUCACAUUUCAGUUUUUACUAUGCAUAUACACUAGAGUAUAUCACCACAUUCUAUUGCUAUGUUCUUCUACAUCUUUGAAAUUAUUCUACAUUCAUGCUUGAGGUAAACUUUGAAGUCCAUGUUUAGGUUCAAUUUUGCUGCAAGUGAAUUUUCCUUAUACUUCUCGAACUGGGAAAUCUUGUCAUCAUCAGGUUUAAAAGUCCCCAUGCUUCUCAGAAUUCCUAUGAAGGUUACAAACAAUGGAGUUCCAUCUGCAGCCAGAUUGUCGAAUCAUUUCAAGCUUGUUCUCUAUGAUGUAGGAAUGAUCAGUGUUCUCCUACCGUAACAACUAGGAUAGGGAGAUACAAUACAUAGGAUUCGAAAUGGCAGAGAAACGGGUCUUGACAACUCCAACAGACGAGGGCAGUGUAGUGAAACGCCGCAAGACGCACCCCAAACAUGGCCGUGAUACGUUAUCAGAUUUAACAAAGGAUCAGCUUGUUGUUCUAUACACACUUAUGUUGUGUUGUGCCGAAGAUCUGGGAUGUAUUGACGACGCUGUGAUGGGCAGCAUUAAUGUGAUGAAAACGUUGGAUGAAUUACGUGACAAAGGACUAUGCUUGAUGACGCCAGGCUUGAUACUUGACUCUGAUAUAGAAAAAAGAACAACACGGUUUGUACACGAUGGCAGACGUUAUCUAUCUAUUUUUGACAUAGAAUCUAGAGUGAUGAGAUAUUAUGUGACACAAUGCUUGCAUAAUGACAUGGACAUAGAAUUUUUCCUUUGUAUGGCAUCUGAAAGGUGUCUACAAUUGUAUGCAGAGAAGCACACCUUUUCGUCAUUUGAGGAAAAUUGUCCUACAACAUUAAUGAGAUUAAUUGUAGAGAGCAACGUCGAAAGAUUACAGCUACAUGAAAGAGAUAUUCUUCCCCCUAACCAUGUGUCGGUAAAGAACAUUAGGAACGUUGUACGAGAUUGGUGUCAUCAGGAGAAACUAGACCCUAUACGUUGGGCUGGCAAAAUACCCAAUGAGAGAGUCAAAAGCUUUUAUUCUGCGGGUACAAUACUUCUAUCCUCAGAGAAAGAGGCAAACCCCGACAUUCCCAUAAGCGCACGGAGUAUUCUAUUUUCUAUCUUGUUGUCAAGUGGUUACAGCAUUACUCUUGAAAACGAUAACUGGAGAAGAAAACUCGCGGAGGUAAGAGAGAAAUUUUGUAUGACAGAAGUAGGACCCGAACUUGAAGAUCUAGAAACUAUCAACGAUUUAGUCGGGAAAUUGGCCAUACUCAGAAAGACUGGACAAAGGAUUACCUUUAAGUCGGAAAAUAUCAAACAUAAGGUCAUGGCUGAGUUUGCAAUUUACUGUCUCAAAACCGACAAGGACUACGAAUCAUAUCUAAUGAUGACCUCUGAAGAUUCGGUUAUAGAGUAUUGCGCAUUUUGGAGAUUUUGCAACCAUACCGACGAAGGAUGCAUAUAUAUUCCAAGAUUCUUAGAAGAUUUGCUGAUAGAAAAAUUAAGAAUAUUUGCUGUACUUCAUGCCAAAGCAAUGGGGAUGUAUGACAUCGUUAUGGAGAUGGGGUUGUUUCAUGAUUACGCUCCUAUACAGUUGAAGAUAUCGCAAACAUGUAGAGUACCCAAUGCUGUCUUCAAUAUUGACGUUAUCACAUUGACAAGAUUCAUGGAGGUUGUCAUAGGAAUGGGAUUUGAUCGGGUGAAUCUGAAUAGCGUACUUUGUUCCAUUUUGAUUUUUCAUCCGACAGUCGAUAGUGAAGAGUCGAUAGAGGACAAUGCAUUGUGGAGAGUGCGACAACUAUAUUUGAAACACCAGGAAGAUCCUAAAUUAUGUGAUCCUGAUGUACUCAAUCAGCAGAUACACAUUGAUGGAGGUAAUCAGAGACUUUCACUAUCUCCCAAAGAAUGGGCGACACUCAUUUUCAUGUUGCUGGCAGAUAACUACGUUAUUCCCAUUGACACAUUAUCCGAAGCAAAACAAAGAAGUAUCCAACAAGCGUUUCCACUGCUGCAAAGUGUUGCACUUCUAUCUGACAUAGAACGCUUGGUAGAAUUAGAGAAAUAUGAUAAAGUUUUAAGAAAAGAAGAAGACAAAAGAAUUAUCAGGUUUGCAUCAGACGAAAUCCGUCAUCAAGUGAUGAGUUACUUUGUCCUGAAUUGUCUUACAACUGAUGAGGAUUACAAGAACUAUAUCAGGCUGUCUUCAGUGGACUCUUUGUUAGAGUAUGUACGUCCAUGGACGUAUGAGGUGGGAGGAAAAGAACGAUGUUUAUAUCUAACGGAGAUACUUCUGGACGAUUUCAUCGAAAAAUUAGGGCUAGAUGCUAUACGACACGUCAUGGUGGGGGAUUAUUAUACAGACAUGACUGUUGAUUCAGUGAGAGAUAUCAUUCAAAAGAAUGUUAACGUACCACGGGAAAUCUUUGACUUGGACUAUGAAGCACGAUGCAGAUAUGUAGAAUGUGCCAAGAAAGGAACUCAGACCAUACACAAAGCUCGUGCAAUGAUCGUUGGAUGUGCAGGAGCGGGAAAAACAACUCUUCUGAAGCGACUGCAGAAGUGCGGUCGAGAGGAAAUAAACAGAAUUCAAUCAACAGUUGGAUUAGAGAUUCACGAAGACAUCUUUGAAAUAAAUGACGAAGAAAAUGUUUUGAAAGCUCUACAAGAGGAAACGAAGAAGGAAGGGAAACAACUACUGAGCAUUGUAGACUUUGCAGGCCAGUGCGCCUAUUACGCCUGUCAUCAAGUGUAUCUGAGUAGAAGGGCCUUCUACCUCCUGGUGAUAGACAUGUCCAAACCUUUCAGUGAAAGAGUUGACCCUAGGGUGUGUGAACAACAAGGAACAGUGUUUACGGACUGGACGUAUGGGGAAUACUCGUUGUUUUGGAUGAAGUCUAUUCACACCUACUGUGAUAAUGAUACCCCGAUUAUCAUCGUGGGAACUCAUCUAGACAAAACUACUGGACAGACACCCGACAUCCUGUUCAAUAAAGUAUUGGAACAUCUAGAAUUCAACGAGGAGCUCACAAAACACUUAGAUAGAAAGAGAUGUUAUGUUCUAGGUUUUGAAACAAACACUGACCAAAGUGUGGAUACGAUUAUUGAAUUAGAAAAAUGCAUGGUUUCUAUUACAAAACAUGAUCGAUGGAAGGAAACGAUCCCUACAGAUUGGGCGCUGUGUGAGGUUGUCCUUAAAGAACAGAGAAGAAAAGGACAGAAAAUGGUGUCAGUUUCACAAUUGACCCCGAUUUGUUUUGGCGGAAAUAAAGGAAAGGAUUCACAAAUCGAGGAUGUGUUGAAAUUGUACCAUGAUAUGGGGGUUGUGUUGUACUUCCAAGAGAACCCGCUCAAUGAAACUGUUAUCAUCGACAUCCAGUGGUUCGUCGAUUCCUUCAAAAAUGUAAUCACUGACCCAAAUCACGUUAGUGAUGUUGUAGAGAAUGAACAGGAUUGGAGAGAAUUUUUUAAAACUGGUCAUCUUCGGGAUAGGCUGUUGUCCAAAUUACUGAGUAAAACUUCUUACAAAAUGGAAGCACUGCACUUCGGAGAGAAUCCUUGGAACUGGCGUCUUCUCCAGUACAUGCAGCGGCUUGGUCUUAUUGCUGUGGGAGAUUCUCGUCACUACAUACCAAGCAUGAACAAACGUACCUUUGGGGCAGACGAAGGAUCCUACUUUGAAACUCUGAGAUCUAAAACGUCUGUACUUGUCUACAAAUUCCAUUUCCUGCCUUACUUCUAUUAUUUUCGUCUAAUUGUUGCGUGUAUGGAAAAUGAGGAAUGGGAUGUUUCAGAAGACGAAGGACUAUGCUUGUACAAAAACGUGGCUUGUUUUAGGUAUAAACAGCAUGACCUUGCUCUGGCUGUAACCAGAUCAUCAAUACAGCUCCAGAUUUUGCAACAUCAAAAUAAACCGAUCGAGAAAGAAGUUGUACUCCAAGUUCGUGACACUGUCGAUAUGCUGUUAGGGAAGCUGACGCAGAAUUUUCAUAAAAACGUAAUGUUUGUCGUAGGAUACCAAUGCUCAAAGCAGAAGGUAUUUGUGGAACACAACGACUGCUUUUUAGAAGAAACCAAACUAUAUGGAAAAGGGGAAAUUCCAUGCCCAAGGCACGCAGUGAAGACGUAUCAUAUCAUUAACGAACGAGAACUUCUUUAUUACUGGAAAAGGGAUGUGUUACCUGUGUCAGAAAGAACUACAGGUGAAUCCACAAUUCUAGAAGAGAGAGACUUGCUAAAGUUCAUCAAAAUGUUUGGAAAGGACAUUUACAUACAGGCGCUAUACCUUUCUCUCUCUGAAAAUGAUAUCGAAAUCAUCAAAAUAGAAUCACCGAACUCAGUCCGUGAACAGAUAUACCACAUCUUGCUGAAGUGGAAACGAAAAAGCGAACAAGGGGCAACGAUUAGAGCUCUUCGAGAGGCCUUGCGACAAUGUGAAAACGACACAGAAAUCUCCGUGGACUGGGAAGAUUUUCAGGAAGUAGUGAAAUCCAUAGUUGAUCAAGGAAAAUGAAAUUACUUUUGUUUUUCACGUGAUCCAACUGUUGACGGAAAAAUACUAUCUAUUGCCUGUCAGAAAUUAUUCUUCUUGUAAGUAUACCGUUCUGUGUAAUAUAUUCAUAGAGCGCAUAAAUAUUUUGAAAACAAUAAUCGUAAGAUGAAUAUAUGUAGUCAUAUUUAUGUAUCUAAUAUAUGUAGUCUGCUCUUUAUGACAGUACGCCUGUUUCAUUUGAUUUCUAACAUAACGAAGUCCACAAUCUUUCAUGUAAUUGAUGUAAUGUCCUUUAUGUAUAUGUUGGUAAACCUUUCUCAAGUACCAAGAGAUUUGGUGCCGAGCGAAGCGAUUUAACAACAUACUUAGUACAUGUUUCGCAAAAGAAAUGAAAACAACUUUAGAGUGAUAUGUAUGAUAUUCACUCUUUUGUGAUUGAUUCUUUUCUACCCAUAUGAUUUAGUCUGCUUAGCAAGUUGUUUUCUUAAAAAUAAUGUACAGCAAUUGUCAACUUAUUGGAUACCUACAGGUAACCUUUUCACUACAAGUGGACUUUCUCCUAUAUAAAAGCCUAAAAAGACAAAGGAUUACAUAACAAAAAUGUUUAAAUAGAUAUAUAUCGCUCUAUCAGUAUGCCUGAUCUCUUGUUUAUGUUGGUCACCCAUGGUGUUUUGUUUUAAUAUCCAAUGUUCCAUACCGAGUCUUGCAACUGAAACACCGUAUUCAGAAAGCGCGACGCCCGUCCUCGAUCAUUCCCAAUCAUUGAUAAUUAUGGUUUAAUAAUUAGAAAUACAAUGGCACGGUUACCCAACAAUGAAGUUUGGACUUGGAAUGUACCAGGUGAUUUGGUACACGCAAAAUCUUUUUGUUCAAGGGUGCAACAUGUACUAAUAAGAAUUGUAGCACGAACUGAGGUUUAAAGGUUCAGUGAACCGAAUUUCCAAAUGAAAUAUUUACAGUGAUAAUAAAUCUGAACUGACAGAGGUUCAGAAUGGAUUAAUUGCUAUGAAGACUAAAACAUUUUACAAAGCAUAUUUCAAUGUAACAAUUAUAUUUUUCAUCACAUUGUCAAUAGUACUGUAAAAUAUCAGAAUUGAAUAUUGUAUACAGCGUUAUUUUCCCCCUUGUUAUUUUUGCAGACCCCAUUUUAAAUUUUCCCAGACACAUUUGUGUUAAAAGAAAGAUAAAGAGUGAAAAUAUUUACUAAUACCAGACUUAAAAUCGUGUUCUGACACUAGGGGCGGCAAUAAAUCGGGAACGAACAUUUCCCUACAUAUGUUAUUUGUAAAUGUACUAAACAAAUGGUAUAUAUCUUUGAAUAUUGAUGCUCUAAAAAAUGAUGUAUGUGUAUAAAUAUUCUACUGUAACAACAAUUAGAUUUUGGUGUAUGUGAAUUUUCUAACAACGAUGUGAAUUAUGUGUAUACAAACGUUUAAUGAUGAUCUAAGUGUACAGUUAUGUUUUGACAAGAUGAUAUAUGUGUGAAUAGAAAUGUUCCAAGCACAAUGUCAUCAUAUGUUCUAAUCAUAAAAUGAAACUUGUGUAUAAAAAUGUUUUAAGCACAACAUUACUUUCAAAGCUUAAAAUAGCAUCUUUGGAAUAGAGUUUUAAACAUAUCAUCUAGAUGGCAAAGUGACAGUCAGGUCUUUAGAUAUUUCAUUCUGAAUUAUUGCCUUUUCGAUCUUUUAUCUACGUAUCCCAAAACCAAAAUUAUUUUGAUUUUUGAUUGCGUACUAAAAUCUGAAUGAUUAUACUUAUUUUUAUAUAUAAAUCACACUGUAGAGUGAUGUGUAUGACAUUCACUCUUGUGUGAUUGAUCCUGUUCUACCCAUAUGAUUUAGUCUGCUUAGCAAGUUGUUUUUAAGUUAUUCUGGAUUUUCGCUAUUAUCGUAGCUUACUUGCGAUGUUGUGUUUCUGUAAACAUUGCACAACUUAUAUCAACACACAUUUCGCACAUAAUUAGAUGAUAUGGUUGAUUGGUUGUAUAUUGUUUAACGUCCCUAUCAAGAAUUUUUCAAUCAUGGAGACGUCACCUUUGUCGGUUAAGAGCUGCAAAAUUUAGGCCUAUGAUCGGCGCUUACGGCCUUUGAGCAGGGAGGGAUCUUUAUCGUGCCACACCUGCUGUGAUAUGGGACCUCGGUUUUUGUGGUCUCAUCCAACUUGGAGGAGAUUAGCAAUUGUGCUAAUAAAGAAUAGAGGAAAGCAAACCUGUUCACAGGCAAUGUUUAAAUGAAUCCAUUUCUUUGAGUAUUUUAUAAAAUUAUCAACUAUUACCAUUGAUAGUAAGAGUCUUUAUGUACAUCACCACUAUGUUGUGAGUUUCUUGAUUUAUAUAAAACAAUCACAACUAUGGUUAUAUAUUAACUUACAAUUGCCAAUAAUUGUCAAGAAAAAAAAUUCUGCUCGUAAUCAUAUUGUUAUUACAAUAUCUUGUAAUCACGAGUUAUUUACCACAAAGGUAUGAGAAAAUAUUUGGAAAUCUUUUAGUAAUUUUUUAAAGAAAUUACUAGCAAAGCUCUCGAAAUUUAGAUAAUAUAUCACGAUAUUGCAAGAUAGUAUCUUUAAAAUCCAGGUUGAUUUUCUCGAAAUCAUGAGAAAUUGGUUUCACAUAUUACAUGAAUUUGAUAAAUAAACUCACAAAUUUGUA